UAUUUCCGGGUCUCCGGGCUUUCGAGUGUUUAGGCGCGAAUUUCUCUGAGCGCGGCUCCCUGAAGGAUUCGCGAGGAGUCGUCGCAUCGUACUCAGCUCUUAUGCCCACUUACAGGCCUAGAUUGAUCACUGGUUUCCACGCGUUUCAGCAAACUGGUUCCCUUUUGACGGUGGUUCUUACCUGGGGUGAUGUUGCACCAGGAGACAUUUGAUAAUAUCUGAAGACAAUUCUGGUUACCACUUGCUGUGGGACAGGAAGAGUGAGCAGGAUGUACUGGCAUCUCGUGGGAGAGACCAGGACUGCUGCUGAACAUCCUGCAGAGCCCAGAACAGCCCCAACAACAAAGACUUAUCCCACGCAAAAUGAUUUUUUUGAAACAUUGUUACAGUUGUUUAGAUCAAGAUGUCUAGCAAAGCAAAUGUUUCCAAGAAAAGGUCUCAACAGUUAAAAAGAAAUCCAAAAAGAAAAAUUGAUGAGGAGGAGGUAGAGUUACCAGAAAAAGAGGUUAGAAACACAGCAAAAAUAAAUAAAAGUCAUCCAAAGCAUCUGUCUUCUGAAGGGCAUACAACACAUACUAAUUUAAAACAGGUAGCGAUAGCAUCUGACAAGAGAAAAAACUGGCAACCUCUUUCAAAGAGUAGCAGAGAGCAUCUGCAAACAAUGAUGGAAUCAGUAAUAAUAGCAGUUUUGAGUAACAGUAUAAGAGAAAAUGAACAGAUUCAAUAUCAUCUCAACCACUUGAAGAAUAGAUUGCUACAACUAUGUGAAACCCUAAAAGUCCCUUCCAAAAAGCUGAAAGGUCUAACUAAUGUGUCCAGUCUACUGAAAAUGGAAAGGUCACAGCACAGAGAUAAUGAAGAAGGUCUGGCAUUAUUGCAGGAAGAAAUAGAUAAAGUAGUAGAAACCGUAGAGUCAGUGACUAUGAAUAUACAGAGCUUAAAGAACAAAAUUCAAAUUCUAACAAGUGAAGUAGAAGAGGAGGAGGAGAAGGUAAAACAGAUGGUUCCGGUAGAUGGGAGUGGGGUGCUCUCUCUUCCAGAACUUUCUCAGAAGAGUCUCAAAGCACCCACACUUCAGAAAGAAAUUUUGACGCUAAUUCCAAACCAAGAUGCUCUUCUGAAGGACUUGGAUAUUCUACGUAAUUCAUCCCCAAUGAAGAACAUGUUAACUUUUAUUGAAGAAGCCUAUAAGAGACUGGAUGCCUCUUAAAUAGUUCUUUUUAGAUUGUUCCAUAUUAAUUUAAUGUUUAUGAACUUAUAAAACUGUUCACCUAUGAUGAUAUUGCAGAGGCUGAGGCUUCUUCUGGAUUUAUCUUCAAAUAUGCACUUUAAAGUUGGCCUCUAUCUUAACCUACCAUUAACAUCUAAUGUAGUCCUGAAAACUCUGUUUUCAGCAGUUGCCAAGUCUGAGAACUCAGAUAUAUGUUACAAUAAUUUGCCUGAAACCAUACUGAAUAGAGUUCAUUUAUUAAUGCAGAGAAUGUGUGAUACUAUGAUGCUAUAUAUGUAAAAUAUUUAUAGUACCUAGUAUAUAAAAACAUAAGUGUGUAUCUCAUUUAUUAUUAUUUAGCUGAUGAUGUACAUUUUUGGGUUGGUCAUCUGGAACUUGAGAAAUCCCCAAAUGCCUUUAUUCUUUAUGUAACUCCCUAGACUUUGUGGCAUAAUUAAGAUUUGCCAGUUAUCUCUAACUUUGGAGGUAGCAUGAACAUUUUAUUUCUUUGGUUGGGUUAGUGAAUAGAUAUUAAAUAUUUAUUUUCUGCUUUCCUCAAAGCAUACUUUUAUAAAAAGGCUAAGUGUAUUAAUUCCCUUAAAAAUAA